AUGUAUGCAAUUGUAUUUCUUUUGAAUGUUUUAGCUAGUACACAUGAGCAGACAAUAUUAACUGUCCCUUUAGAUGCUGAAACUACCACCGAUGACAUUAGAAAUUCAAUUAAUCGGAUGACCCAAGCCGAGAAUAACUCAAUGACAGGCAAUAGAUUACAACAUUUAUCUCAACACGAUGAUUUAUCAACAAGUAAAAGAUUUAAAAGCUUUAUAAUAAAACAUGCAAUGUUAUUACAAAUAAUUUCUCUUAUGAUAUCAAUUUUCAUUGCGUUUUGUGUACUCAUUUUAUAUGAUGCUGAAUGGUAUCAAUUUAUUGAAAUGCUAACUAUUAAUAUUCUGGUUUUUAUGGUAGUUAAUGGCUACGAUCUUAAAACUUUAUUUACAACAAUUUGGAAAUUUAUAAAAAAAGACUAA